AUGACGACAGAAGCAUGCCAUCUUUUACCUCUAUCAGAUGCGGCAAAUAUUCCUUCAUGUAACGUUACGACACAAAGACACAAACGUUCGCGUUCUCGUCUCAUCAGUUUAGGUGUUGGAGUCAUAAGUAUGGGUCUAUCUAUAGCAAAUAGCAUACAAAUGCUAAAUCUUCAAGAACAGGUUGAAAUGGUUGAAAACACUCUAUCAGAACUCUCCCAAACGAUGCAAAUACAUGAAGCAAAACUAGCAAAAAUUCAACCAAACCAGAUCAAAAUUGCAGAGCAACUUCAAGUAACACAACAUGCCAUUAACGAUAUCAUACCUGUUCUAGAUUCGCAUUCCCAGGCUCUGAAUACGCUUAAAACUGACAUUGAACGAUUACACAUUAAUUUCCAACGCUCCUUCAUCUACUUAGCAAUAACCCAGAUCUUCCGUAAUCAACUCACUUUGAAUUUUUUAUCACCAGAUGAUCUGCAGAAAGUAGUAUACCACGUUAUUGAGCAAGGAAAUCUAACUUUUAAUGCUCAUCAUGGAUCGAUUCCCAUUGUCGAAUUCAUUACUAAACUGCUCGUUCGUCAACAGAUAGACUUCAUUCCCAGUUCACAAUAUGAAAAUCAGAAUCCACAGGAAAUAGGUCGUAUUGUCAUCACUAGUUUUUUUGCCGUUCCACAACAGGAACAAACAUCAUUUCAUGUCUACAAAUUAUUGACGAUGCCCUACCUACAUAAGAAUCAAACUAUUCAACUCUCUCAUAUUCCUCGAUACUGGGCAAUAAACCCAACAGACAACACUACUAUGGAAUGGCAUGAUCCUGAAGAAUCCGGAUGCAACCUCCAAUUGAUGACAUCAUGCCGUGAUACUCCACCAUUACGUACAAUAUCAAAAGAUAGUUGCCUUGGUCAAAUCAUAGGAAGUCUUCCAUUGUCCAGUUGUCAUGCAAAAUAUGUCUCCCAUUCCGGAGUUUUUGUUCGACAGCUGACAGAUAACAUUUGGGUGACUUCGUCAUCUGAAUCGCUACAUUGUCUAAAAAUUCCAAAAAUCGAAUAUCGAACUAGUAAUCACCAAACUUUGAACAUAAGCCAGCAAAUAAUUCUUCCGCCGGUAGCUCUUGUAAACGUAACUCCAGGUUACACAAUUUUGUGCCCUGGAUUCACUUUGGUAGGCCGUCCAAGAACUUCUAAUGUCUCUUCACUCAUAAUCCUAAACGAUAUGGGACUAUUUUCUACCAAUAUGUCUAUCGUAGAUGUCUCUCGACACCUCACCGAGAAUACUACAUGGUUUAAGACAAAUUGGACUGAGCAAAGAAUGCAGGAGAUUAUAAACGAUCUACGUCAACCAAUAACAGUUCCUACCACUCGUCAAUUUCCUCCCAUUCAUAAAUGGUCUCUUAACAUGUUAGUAACUAAAUUGACAUUUUUCGGACUGGCCGCCAGUUUAGUAUACUUGGCUUUUCGACGUUGUCGAACAACUAACCACCAAACUCUUCGAAUAAUUUAA